CUCAAAAAUGUCGAAUUCUGACGAUGAAAUACAGGAAAUUGAGGCUAAACGACAGAAAAUGUCCCAAGAAGAUUCCGAGGUCGAAAUCGAGAUUCUAGAUGAGCCGGAGCAAGGAAAACUGAAAAAUUCGUCGAUGAGCGACGAGCAAAAACUGCAUGAAUUUGCAAUAAUCACGGCCACAGAUGAGGCUUUUGCGCAGUCGAUUUUACAGGAUGUAGACUGGGAUUUGAAGAAGGCUCUGGACGUUUUUUACGGGAGUGAGGCGUUCGCAGAGGCCAGAAGUGCGGCCGUAAUGGGCGCUUCAUCGUCUAUGGCGAGCUCUGGAGCUGCGGUGAUGACGGCAGAGGAUUUGAAGGGAUUCGAAGUCAGCGUAAUGUCGUGGAACAUUGAUGGGCUCGACGGGAGAAGCUUGCUCACAAGAAUGAAAGCAGUGGCUCAUAUUGUCAAAAACGUCAAUCCGGACAUCCUAUUCCUCCAAGAAGUCGUCGACCGUGAUUUGGCGCCGAUUGAUAAGCUUCAAUCGCUGUAUAAAAUCUAUUAUUCGAACAAAGGCUGCCAAUAUUAUACGGCGAUUCUUGUGUCGAAAAUGUUCGACGUCGAGAAGCAUGACGUCAUUCAUUUUCAGAAUUCUGGAAUGUACAGAACUUUGCAGAUUUUGGAGGGAUCUAUUGGCGGUUUGAAGGUAUUCCUACUUAACACCCAUCUCGAAUCAACACGUGAGCACCGCCCGCAACGUUGUGCUCAAUUCGGCUUCUGCAUGGACAAAGUCCGUGAAAUCAUCGCUCAAAACCCGGGCGCCCUCGUCUUUUUCGGCGGCGAUUUGAACUUACGAGACGAGGAGGUCAGCCGUGUGCCUGACGGUGUUAAGGAUGCCUGGGAGGCUGCCGGCAGUGAUAAUAAGACAAAAUUCACGUGGGACACCUUCAAAAAUGACAAUAAACAGGGAUUCCAUGGCGCUAAGAUGAGAUUCGACCGCCUAUACUGGUCUGGACCACUGGACAAAGUCAAAUUCACACUUGAAGGCCGCCAACGCAUCCGUUCCUGUUUGUGCUUCCCAUCUGAUCAUUGGGCUAUCAAUGCCACGUUUUUUGCCUGAAAUAAGCCUUAAAUAAGCCUUAAAUCAUCAUUUUUUACCCAUUUUCACUUGUUUUUCGACCGGUUUUCACUAUUUUUACCCAGGAAUUACCUCCCAGUUGUCACCGGGUUUUAAUCUUUUUUUUUCAUCUAAGCUCCCUUUUUUUUGAAAACUCGUUGUUUUUAUUGAUCUUCGAUUUUCGAUACUGAUUGUAAAUAAAUCCACUUUUUUU